AUGGGGAACAGUUCGUCCAAGGAGAAGAAGGCGAAGCACAGGGCGACAUCGGCAUCUGACGACACAACCCCGUCCUCCGUCGCCCCGCAACGGCAUCCAGGCGAUGCGCCCAGCGGCACGAGUCCGCCGGGCGGCAGCCUGAACUCGGUAGGGAGCCAACAAGGAGGAGCCGGGCACGGCGGAGCAGCCCAAUCGGCGGGAGAUGCGGGCGGUGUUGACCUCACCCCUUCGCGGUCGAGGUCGUCGACGACGGCGUCGGCACUCUCGCGAACACCGACCAAUCCAGCGCCCAGCAGUUCUCUCACACCUUCUUCCUCGUCUGCCGAUGUCCCCGCCGCACAAACCAUCCUCUCGAACCCGAUCGCCGCGACACCAACAUCGCUCGCACCGUCUGGCACCGGACCCGGCGCAAUUGGCCUGCUGUCGACCUCGCCGACGUCUGCACCGAAACAACAGACCUUCGACAUCGACGACAUGAUUUCGCGGCUGCUCGACGCCGGCUACUCUGGCAAGGUGACCAGGUCGGUCUGCCUCAAGAACGCCGAGAUUACCGCGAUCUGCCAGGCCGCGCGCGAGGUCUUUCUCUCGCAGCCGACGCUCAUCGAGCUGUCGCCACCCGUCAAGAUCGUCGGCGAUGUCCACGGCCAGUAUAGCGACCUCAUCCGCCUCUUCGAGAUGUGCGGUUUCCCUCCGAACGCCAACUACCUCUUCCUGGGCGAUUACGUCGACCGAGGCAAGCAGAGCUUGGAGACGAUCCUGCUCUUGCUGUGCUACAAGGUCAAGUACCCGGAGAACUUCUUCCUCCUCCGCGGGAACCACGAGUGCGCGAACGUGACGAGGGUGUACGGCUUCUACGACGAGUGCAAGCGGCGGUGCAACAUCAAGGUGUGGAAGACGUUCAUCGACGUCUUCAACUGCCUCCCCAUCGCCGCCGUCGUCGCCUCGAAGAUCUUUUGCGUCCACGGCGGCCUCUCGCCCUCCCUCUCGUCGAUGGACGACAUCCGUCGCAUCUCCCGUCCGACCGACGUCCCCGACUACGGCCUGCUCAACGACCUCCUUUGGAGCGACCCGUCCGAUACUGCACUCGACUGGGAGGACAACGAGCGAGGCGUGAGCUAUUGCUUCGGCAAGUCGGUCAUCGGGGCGUUCCUGGCGCGGUACGAUUUCGACCUGAUCUGCCGCGCACAUAUGGUCGUCGAGGAUGGGUACGAGUUCUGGAACGAGCGUACGCUCGUCACGAUCUUCUCGGCGCCGAACUACUGCGGCGAGUUUGACAACUUUGCAGCCGUAAUGUCGGUCUCAGAAGACCUUCUCUGCGCCUUCGAGCUCCUGAAGCCUCUCGACUCGGCUCAGCUCAAGCGCGACCUCGCCAAGGCACGGCGACGACUGUCGUCCGGCGCAUCAUCGACGACCGCGGCCGCCUGA